UGAACAUACUAGCAAAUAACUAACCUCAUUGCCUUAAAUAUGAUUGGGCUUGUUCAGGAGUCACACAGAGAUGGUGAAGAGAUUCAAGGUGUGGACUUACUGGGAAGGUGAACCCCCCUUGGUGCAUGAAGGUCCUACAGAAUCAAUUUAUGGCAUAGAAGGAUACUUCAUGCAAGAAGUUGAGAAAGGGAAUACCUCAUUCUCUGCUUCUCAGCCAGAUGAAGCCCAUGUCUUCUUCUUACCCAUCAGUGUAAGCAACAUUGUGAGCCGCCUGUACCGACCUCUGGUCACCUAUGCUCGAGAUUUACUUGUCACAACAGUCAAUAAUUAUACCCACCUUAUAUCACAUAAACACCCAUUCUGGAAUAGAACCAAUGGAGCUGACCAUUUGCUGCUCUCUUGUCAUGACUGGGCACCAGAUAUCUCAAAGGAGAACCCAGAUAAGCAAUUGUACAAGAACAUAAUAAGAGCAUUAUGCAACGCCAACAAAUCAGAGCAGUUCAAUCCUUCAAAAGAUGUAUCCAUACCUGAAAUCAACUUGCGAGCCAGUGAAUCCAGCCAUCCUCGCCAAGGCCAACACCCAGAGAAUCGCUCCGUCCUCGCUUUCUUCGCCGGUGGGAUCCAUGGGAGCAUCAGAGAAACGCUAAUCCAGACCUGGAAGGGCAAAGACAAACAACUCCAAGUGUACGAACAACUUCCUCCAAAUCUCAACUACUUGGAAAUGAUGGAGCGAAGCAAGUUCUGCUUGUGCCCCAGCGGAUUCGAGGUCGCGAGUCCGAGGACCGUGGAGGCCAUCUAUGCCGGUUGCGUCCCUGUGAUAAUCGCCGACGCCUACGAACCGCCGUUUUCGGAUGUCCUUGAUUGGAGCAAGUUUUCGUUGCGCAUUCCGUCGGAGAAGAUAUGGGAAUUGAAGAAAGUGUUGCAGAGUGUGGAGGAAGGGAAGUAUCUGAGAAUGCAGAGAAGGGUGAUUCAGGUGCAGAGACACUUUGAGGUGAAUCGACCCGCUAAGGCCUAUGAUGUGUUUCAUAUGAUUCUUCACUCUGUGUGGCUUCGACGGAUCAAUAUAUCGUCGAUUCGAGCGUGAAUGGAGAAUGAUGGAAU